UCAUCUGCAGGUCUUCAGAGCCUCGCCUCUCCUUCACCUUCUUUCUUCACUCUAGUUUUUUACCUGAGACGAGGAGCCCCAGCGAGAGCUCCACACACACCGGCCUCCAAGCUGUCUCUGCGUCUGCUUCCUGCCAUCAUCGUGGACAACGACGAGGACGACGAUGGAAACUUCACCAAAUGGAUGAGCAGCUACUGGGGACAUGGAGACGGAGACGAGCGAGCUAAAGCGCGCAAGAGGAGCUUCAGGAGGUCCAGACAGUCCACGUGUGACCGCCGAGCUUCACUGCCCUGCAUGUCCCAGCUGGAGGCCAUACGUCUGAAGCAUCCUUUAACUCCCACUCACAUCCAGCGGCAUGAAGAUCAGAGGGAGAUGCGUUCCCACCCUCACGCUCGCCGCGUCUCAUCAGACGAGUACAGAGGAACCAAAGCCGGAGGAGCUGAGAGUCGCACCAGCACCGUCCCCGAGCUGACCGAGUCCUUCAAGAGGAUGCUGCGCUUCCGCAACCACAGAGUCCCCGCACUGAGCGAUCCGGACGCCUGUCUGAUCAGCCGUGAAGAGAUGUGCAGGAGAGGUGGAGAAACAGGAAGAGGAGCCCAAGAACUUCACUGUUCCCAUCGCUUCCAUAAAGAGACAGUAUCACUGAGACAGAGACAGGAGUCAGAGCUGGAGGUAGCAGAGCUGAAGAUGUUGAGGUUCUCUUUGGGAGGGACACGGUUGGACAGGAUUAGGAACGAGUACAUCAGAGGGACAGCUCAUGUUGGACAUUUGGGGGACAAAGUUAGGGAGGACAGAUUAAGAUGGUUUGGACAUGUCCAGAGGAGGGAGAGUGAGUAUAUUUGUAGGAGAAUGUUGGACAUGGAGCUGCCAGGCAGGAGGAAAAGAGGAAGGCCAAAGAGGAGGUAUAUGGAUGGAAUAAAUGAGGAUAUGAAGCUAGUGGGUGUAAGUGUUGAGGAUGGAGAAGAUAGGGAUAGGUGGAGAGAGAUGAUUCACUGUGGAGACCCCUGAAGGGAAAAGCCCAAAGAAGAAGAAGAAGAUUGUGUUUUGCACUUCUCGGCCACCGUGCUCAGUUAAUGUAAAGUUUGAUUUCUGAAUAAUGAUAUAUAAUAUAUAUAUUUCCCUAAAAUGUGACCGCAUUUAGCAGUUCUCGCUAAGUCUUUCCACCUCCUG